AGCCAUUCAGGCUCAACUGGGCCUGGAUCUCUCUGGAGAAGGAAUACUAUAUAGUGGAUGAGGACACCAAAUUCCUGGAGGUGACACUUAAACGCAGAGGCUACCUGGGGGAAACCUCCUUCGUCAGUAUCGCCACUAAGGAUGGAACAGCUGAGAAGGACAAAGACUUCCGUGGCAAAGCCCAGAAGCAGGUCCAGUUCAACCCCGGCCAAACUACAGCAACCUGGAGGGUCAAGAUCUUCACAGACCAGGAGUUUGAGACCUCGGAGACCUUUGAGAUACAGCUGUCAGACCCCGUCAUGGCUGUGCUGGAGUUUCCUGACACUGCAACAGUCGAAAUUGUGGAUCCUGGAGAUGAGUCGACUGUCUACAUUCCUCAAGCAGAGUACAAGAUUGAGGAGGAUGUUGGAGAGCUGUUAGUGCCCGUGCGGCGAUCAGGAGAUGCCAGCCAGGAACUCAUGGUAGUUUGUUCAACUCAGCAAGGCACCGCCACUGGCACCAUACCCAGCACUGUGCUGUCCUACUCUGACUACAUCACCCGACCUGAGGACCACACCAGCGUGCUGCGUUUUGACAAGGACGAGCGAGAGAAACUCUGUCGCAUCAUCAUCAUCGAUGACUCGCUGUAUGAGGAGGAGGAGAGCUUUAACGUCACCCUCAGCAUGCCCAUGGGUGGUCAGGUGGGAGCCAACUUCCCAGCCGCCAAGAUUACCAUCUUAGCAGACAGUGAUGAUGAGCCCUCGCUGUAUUUUGGGGAACCUGAGUAUGUCACAGAUGAGAGUUCAGGCUACGUUGAGGUGAAGGUCUGGAGGACAGGGACCGAUCUGUCCAAGACGGCUACUGUCACCGUGCGCUCCAGGAAGAGCGAGCCUGUCUCCGCAGAAGCUGGACUGGACUAUGUCGGCAUCAGUCGCAACCUAGACUUUGCUCCUGGAGUGACGAUGCAGACAUUCAGAGUGACCAUCCUGGAUGAUCUGGGUCAGCCGGAACUGGAGGGGCCUGAGACCUUUGACCUCGUCUUACGGAUGCCCAUGAAUGCUGUGCUGGGGGAGCCUAGCAAGACCACCAUCACCAUCAAUGAUACUUUCACUGACGUGCCAAAAGUUCAGUUCAAGGAAGGAAGCUACAAGGUGGAUGAGUCCGAUGGGGAGGUAACAGCUAUUGUGUACCGCAGUGGAGACAUUAGCAUCAAGUCCACGGUGCGCUGUUACACUCGCCAAGGCUCUGCUCAGGUCAUGAUGGACUACAGUGAAAGACCCAACACUGACGCAUCAGUCAUCACUUUCCUGCCAGGUGAAACCGAGAAGCCGUGUGUGGUCAGCCUGAUGGACGACUCGGUCCAUGAAGAGGACGAAGAGUUCCGCCUCGUCCUGGGAACUCCAAAGAGCAAGUCUCUGUACGGAGCUUCUAUCGGGGAGCAGAAGGAAGCGAUCAUCACAGUCACAGAUGAGAAAGACAAGCCCGUCAUCCGUUUCUCUGAGAUCAAGUACAGUGUACGUGAGCCUCAGGUCAAAGGUGGCGUGGCGAUAGUGAAGAUUCCCAUCCUGCGGGUUGGAGACACCUCAAAGGUCUCAGUGGUGAGAGUCCACACCAAGGACGGCUCUGCAACCUCCGGAGAGGACUACAACCCGCUGUCAGAGGAUGUUGAGUUCAAGGAGGGUGAGAAGGAGCACUUUGUGGAGAUUGAGAUCCUGUAUGACGGCGAGAGAGAGAUGAGAGAGGCCUUCACUGUACACAUGAAGCCAGAUGACAACAUGGUGGCUGAAAUACAGAUGAACAAAGCCAUUGUGUACAUUGAGGAGAUGGAUAGUGUGGCAGAUGUUACCUUCCCGGCCGUGCCCCACGUGGUUUCCCUGCUCAUGUAUGACGACACAGCUAAAACCAAAGACAAGCCCCAGCCGCCCAAUGGAUACCCUGUUGUUUGUGUGACGGCUUGCAACCCCAAGUACCACGACUUUGACAAAACUGGCUCCAUCUGCUCUGCUGAGAACAUCAAUGACACCCUCACUCAGUAUCGCUGGCUGGUCAGCGCCCCCACCGGCUCAGAUGGAGUGGCCAGCCCCAUGAGGGAGGUGGACACCAAUACUUUCUUCACCAACACCAAGUCCAUCACUUUGGAUUCCAUCUACUUCCAGAGCGGCUCAAGGGUUCAAUGUGCAGCGAGAGCUUUCAAUGCCAAUGGAGAUGCUGGUCUGGAGCUGUCUAGCCCCAUCGCUGUGAUCAGCAAAGAGGAGGGUAUGUGUCAGCCUCGUAUCCAAGGCACUGUUGGAGCUGAACCCUUCUCUGCAAAGAUCCGCUACACUGGUCCAGAUGACCCAGACUUCCCCAACCUCAUUAAACUGACAGUCAACAUGCCUCACAUGGAUGGCAUGUUACCAGUGAUCUCCACUAGACCUCUGUCCAACUUUGAGCUCACCCUGAGCCCAGAUGGCACGCGUGUGGGCAACCAUCGCUGCUCCAACUUGCUGGACUUCAAUGAGAUCCAAACAGGCCACGGCUUCAUCACAGAUGCAACAAAGAACCCUGAGAUCAUUGGCGAGACUUCACCCUACCAGUACAGCCCGAUCAUGCGCUCAACCAACUCUUUGCGCUUCUACAGGAACCUCAACUUGGAGGCCUGCCUCUGGGAGUUCACCACCUACUACGACAUGUCAGAGCUGCUGAAUGACUGUGGAGGCUCUAUAGGCACCGAUGGACAGGUGCUGAACCUGGUCCAGUCUUACGUCACGCUUCGUGUUCCUCUGUUUGUAUCCUACGUCUUCCACUCUCCCGUAGCUGUGGGAGGCUGGCAGCACUUUGACCUGCAGUCAGAGCUCAAACUCACCUUUGUGUAUGAUACAGCUAUUUUAUGGCAGGACGGCAUCGGCAGCCCACCUGAGGCUGAGCUACAGGGAGCCAUGUACCCAACCAGUAUGCGUAUAAAUGAGGAGGGACGCCUGGUAGUCAACUUCAAGACAGAGGCUCGCUUCAGGGGACAGUUUGUUAUGUCUCAUCCAGGCACCAGCGUGUCAUCCAUGGUGAUAUGUGCUGACCACCCUGGGCUGACAUUCACGCUCGCCCUGGUCAGGACUGAGCCUACGUACAACCAACCCAUGCAGCAGUGGAGCUUUGUCUCAGACUUUGCUGUGAGAGACUACUCCGGGACCUACACAGUGAAGUUGAUCGCCUGCAUUGCAUCACCUAAUGGGGAGUUCAGCAUCCCUCCUGUCUGCCAUCCAAGAGAGCCACUGACGUUUGACAUGGACAUUCGCUUCCAGCAGGUGAGUGACCCAGUUGCAGCCGAGUUUAGCCUCAACACUCAGAUGUUCCUGCUGUCCAAGAAGGAGCUGUGGCUGUCUGACGGCUCCAUGGGCUUCGGAGAGGGGACUGAUGCUGCUUUUUCAGAGGGUUCCACAAUCUUCGGUCGUGUGAUGGUGGACCCAGUCCAGAACUUGGGCGACUCCUUCUCCUGCAGCAUAGAGAAAGUCUUCCUCUGCACUGGAGCAGAUGGUUAUGUUCCCAAGUACAACCCCACCAACAAGGAGUAUGGCUGCCUGGCAGAUGCUCCCUCUUUGCUUUACAGAUUCAAGAUCCUGGACAAGGCCCAGCCAGAGACUCAAGCCACAGCAUUUGGUGAUGUCUCUUUUAAGGCCACACUGGCUCAAGACACACCUGGAGGUCUGCCUUUGAUCAGACAGCCAGGAUCAGACGGCUUCACUCUCUCCUCAUCUCCACUUUUCCAGGUGGCUGCUGGUCGAGAAUGGUUCAUCCACACUAUUUACACAGUCCGCUCCAGAGAAAAUGCCAACCGCAACAUCGGCAAGCGCAGUGUGGAGUACCUGCAUCACAGCAUGACAUCUGUUGAGCAGCCACAAACCUCCGACAUGGCCACCCGACGCCACCGCCGUGCUGCCCCUGCUUUCUCCGCCCCUGGUGAAGUCCAGGACAUCGGUGUUGAAAACAACCGUGGCACCAACAUCCAGCACAUCGCUCUAGACAGAGCGGACCGCAUGGUGGUUAGCCAGCGCCAGCCCUGGUCCCCAAACCGCGACGCCCUCCUGGAGCGCCCCCUGCUGGAAAGCUCUGGCAGAGAAAUGGCUGACACCUCCACCCUGCCCAUGUUAGUGGGCCUCGCAGGUUUGAUCCUUCUCAUCUGCCUCAUCGCCACCAUUGUCAUUCUGCUGCUGCGGCGCAAGAAGAGGGAAAAGAAGACGCAGUUCCCUCCUUACACCACCUCCUCUUCUUCUGCCUACACUGGCUACAGCCACAGCCCAGCGGGUAUGUGGAGCAGCUCAGACAACUCUGAGGUCUAGAUGUGGCUCCCCUCCACCUCACACACCUGCCCCCCUAUUAUAAAGACUAUGAUAGUCUUCUCCACCAUUGUGCCUUUAAAGCCCAACUCUUGUAGCACUGAAUAGAGCCCAGUACAACCUGUGGACAGCACAAUAUGUCAGUGCCUGGGGCCUACAUGCAGAGAACGCACCAGAGUUUUCAGAGGCUUAUUGAUCUCUGAUGUUAGUUCUUGCUGUACUGUACUGUAGGUUUUUGCAGCCUAUUUUGAAUCAUGGAUGUACGAAGAAGCCCCUCACAAUGAUUCACCUGCUUUAUUGGUUGCCAAGUUGUAAAAUAUCCCACUUUAUUCAGCGUUUGCAAAUGCAUGAAAGCCCCAGUUUAGUAAAUGCAAUUAUCUCACAACAUAAGAGGCAACCUUGUUUAAAUUUCAAGAAAGAAAAUAAUUGUUUCUGUUCCUCCUUUAAAAAAUAACCAGUUUACCAAGUUUUUUUUUAUUACUGUAAUUCACUGUGUUCAUUAUUUUGUUUUGUGGAGAGUAGAGCAAAAUGGACUGAAUGUUAGUUGACCUUAUUGAAUGAUGUGAUAAAUGAUUUUUAGUAUCGAUAUUUCACUGUUGUGCUUUAAAAGCCUGCAGUACACCUGCUGCCCACUGCUGAGUAACUCUACCGAUAUGGUGCCAUUGAAAGGGAUUGUAAAUGUCAUUUAAGUCUUUUGACAAUGCAGAUUUUUUUUUUACGUUUUUUCAGGUCAAUGUGGCUGAAAUCAGAUGCAAAACUAUCUGUGUACAUAUCAAUGUAGGACUAUGAAAAAAAAGGUAUUACUACACCCUGGUGAAACUUGAAAAAAUAUGAACUACAUGUCUUUCUGGUUUGUUGAUCAAGUCCUGAAAAAACAAGUGCAGCAUAAAAGUUAUAAUUAUUCUUCUACAGGUGACAGUAUAUUUUAAUGUGCCAAUUGUUACUACACUUUUGUGCCUCAUUAAUUUUAUGUCAGUUUCAAGAGUUUGGAUGUAUGUACACCUCAACUGCCAAAUACAAAUGUCCUUUUUUGA